CGCAUGUGUUUGUGAAAAUGGCAGCUUGCGUAGAAGAUGAGUGCUCAUUCUCCGAGCCCCAACGCGUCGUUACAACCAACCUGAGCUUACUGUGGGAUGUGAAUUUCACCGACAGAAAGCUGAGUGGCUCUGUCCAGCUAGAUCUACGCAUUCUUUGCGACGAUGUGGCUUAUUUGGUGCUGGACACAAGUGGCAUUGAAGUAUUCAGUGUUUGUGAUGAGUCGUCUGGUGAAAAAUUGGAUUUCCACUUUGCUGAGCCAAACAAGGCAAUCGGAACAGCGCUCCACAUUAAACUACCAUCAAGGGCACAAAAUAAAGGAGCAGAGCUGCGUAUCAAAAUUUCUUACGAGACUGCACCCAGCGCCUCGGCCCUGCAGUGGUUGAAGCCCCCACAGACUGCUGGCAAGAAACAUCCAUAUCUCUUCAGUCAGUGUCAGGCUAUUCACGCCCGCAGCAUGGUUCCUUGUCAAGACACGCCUGGAGUCAAGGCGCCAUACCAGGCAAAGGUGACAGUACCGAGGGAGCUAGUUGCCCUGAUGAGUGCCGUGAGACUAGGGGAGGAGCCCUGUCCGACUGACGCCUCCAAGACGACUUACCUCUUCCAGCAAUCAGUGCCAAUACCUUCAUAUCUCAUAGCCAUCGUGGUCGGGCUGUUAGAGAGCAGGACAAUUGGCCCUCGUUCCAGAGUCUGGUCAGAGAAGGAAAAUGUUGACCAAGGUGCUUAUGAAUUCGCUGAGACGGAGCAGAUGCUGCUGACAGCUGAGAGUCUUCUUGGUCCCUACGUCUGGGGACAGUACGAUCUCCUGAUCCUCCCGCCGUCCUUCCCAUACGGAGGGAUGGAAAACCCUUGCCUGACUUUCGUCACGCCAACACUCUUGGCAGGAGACAGAUCUUUGGCCAAUGUUGUUGCGCAUGAGAUCAGUCACAGCUGGACGGGCAAUCUGGUCACCAACUGCAGCUGGGAACAUUUCUGGCUGAACGAAGGCUUCACCGUCUUUGCAGAGAGGAAGAUUGCCGGCAGGAUGCACGGGGAGAAGGAGAGGCACUUUGAGGCAAUUGGUGGAUGGAAGGAGUUACAAAAUGCCGUGGAUAGGUUUGGAGUCUCCAGCCCUAACACCCAUCUUGUGCCUCGUCUGAAGGGCGUUGACCCCGAUGAUGCUUUCUCCACUGUGCCUUACGAGAAGGGGUCCACGCUGCUCUUUUACCUGGAGACGUUGGUUGGCAGUAAAGAGGAUUUUGAAGCUUUUCUGCAGUCUUACAUCAACAAAUACAAAUACAAGAGCAUCACCACCCAGCAAUGGAAGGACUACCUGUUUGAAUACUUCCAUGACAAGCAAUCGGUAUUUGACGUUGUGGAUUGGGACGCCUGGUUCUUCCAGCCUGGUAUGCCACCUUUGAAACCAGAUUUUGACACCACAUUGAGCAGUUGUUGCACUGAACUUUGCCUGCGAUGGUGCCGAGCGGCGACCUCAGACCUGAAAUCGUUCACCAAGGAUGACAUUGCGUCACUGACCUCCAAGCAGGUCAUUGAAGUGCUCUCGCAGCUCUUGCUUGAGCCACCACUAAGCCGGGAGCACAUCCAGGCAAUGGAGGGGACCUACCGGUUUGGGGACAGCGGCAAUACAGAGGUUGUAUUCCGCUGGUUCCGCCUGUGCAUCAGGGCAGGGUAUGAACCCAUCAUUCCGAAAGCCCUGGACUUUGCCGUCAAGUGGGGACGACUCAAAUUUACCCGGCCAAUCUUUAGAGAUUUGUUUAAAUUUCCUGCUGCUCGAGACCAGGCCAUCGCUACAUUCCAACAACACAAGGAUGAAAUGCACCCAAUAACGGCUGAAAUGAUCAGCAAGGACCUCCAGGAGAGCCAACCGACAAGUGGAUAAGUCUAGCAUCAGUGUGGGGAUGGCAUUUCCAAGUGAUGCUCUGACAAAAGACCAAAGGCAUAGGAUCAUCUCCCCUAAGUUUAUAAUCACACCUAUGCAAUUAGCUAAACAACAGAAGCAGUAGAAAUGUAUCCAGCAAUACAUUGAUCAGUUUUAGAGUUAGUGUUUGUUUCAGCGAUAAUGGACGGAUCAUGGGAUAAUAUUUCUGCGCUAGCAUUAGAGUGUUUUUCAUAAUUUGGAUGAUUUUUCAACAAUACGAAGUACUUUUGACCAUUUCAGUUAAAAAUGACUGAAGGAGCCUGCUAUAUAUUCAGGUGAUAUGUCAUGUGUUUGGCUCAUCUAAUGAAAGGCUUGAUCGGGAAAAAAAAGAAAAAUGAAAAUAGGUAUUGAGUUAUACAAAUCUUUAUUAAUCUUAUGAUGCUGUACAAGAUACCAUGAAUCCUCCUGGGGGGGGUGUGGUGUGUCUAAAGGACACUUGUGAGAGUGACAGGUGGUUUCCAGGCCCCCAUCAUUCUAACUACUCAUCCCCAAUACCCCCCCCACGUCUCAUCCCUUCCAGUCUUCCUUUAAGUCCCACCUGCUCACACAGAUUUACGUCACUGUGCUGUCGCAUAUGUUUAACGAUUGUACUCCCUGAGGCUUUUGUCAAGUGCCCUUAUCCCUGAACACCUGAAAUUUGUCGAAUCGACUUGAAAAAUGCUGAAGCUCAAGAAGUAAGAGCUAAGAAGCAUUGUCGCGGUUGCUGCUUUCACUGAAAUACAAGAAAAUUCACUGUUAUUUUUAUCAUUUGCAAGUGUGAAUCCAAACUCCGUGAUGACCAUGAAGAACAUCUCUCAGCUGGCAAAAUUUGAUUUUAUGACAGUUAACAUGGAAGCGAUCAUUGAAAUUGAUGAGCCUAUCAAUGAAUGAAUUUAUUUCAUUUAGUAGUAAAGUUUUAAGUUUUUCAUGUGCAAGAACAAGUAGAAGUAAAAAUAGAUAAUACUGAUAUACAAGAAAAUUAUCAGAAAUGAACCAGUUUUAGGAAUAAGUAUCAAGUUCAGGUUAAAGCUAUAAAUGUUGCAUCCAGCAACAAAUGAGACCGAGGGGUACCCCCCCAACAUGUCCAAUCCCUAGACACACUCCGGACUAUUGUUACCUAACACAUCGCCC